AUGGGAUUAUUUCGAUUUUUUAAAAGUAAAUCAACUCAGCAUUUAUCUGAUUUGGCUAAUAAUGAUUCAUUACCAGAAAGUCACAAUCAAAAGCUAUCGGAAGUGGACUCAGUUUCGUCUUCAUCAUCAUCAUCCCUUAAUAUUAAUGAAGACCAUCGUAGUACUGGUCUAGCUGUAUUUUCCCUUUCAUCAUCAUCUUCGUCAUCAUCUAUAAACGAACCUAUUGAAACAUCAUCAUUCAUGUCCACACGUAUUUUACCAAUUGGAUUCUAUCGUGAACAAGAUCAACCACCAAAUUCAUCAUCAUCAUCAUCAUCAUCUUCAUCAUCAUCAUCAACAAAUUCCAAUGAUAAAAAUUCAACAACAAUAACACAACGUUUUAAUACGUAUCGUCCAUAUGAAAAUGAUCAAUUACAAUUUCAAUCAAAUACAUCUUCGUCAUCAUCGUCAUCAUCAUCGUUACCAACUAAAAAAGAAAUUUAUAUCAGUCAAACACGUACACAAAAUAAUCUGACAACAAAUUCUAAUACACCUAUUGCUAUACCAAUAAAAACAACAACAACAACAUAUUGUCCACCUAUGGAUUUAUUAACAAUAGAACAACAUUUGUUUAAUAUGGUUCGUUUUGAUAUUGUGAAAUCAAAUUUUUGUGAUUAUUAUCAAUUGGGUGAUUUUGUACGAAGUGGUGGAUUUUCCGAUAUACAUGAAGGUAUUCGUUUAAGUGACAACAAACAAGUUGUAGUCAAAUUUAUUCCAAAAGAAAAGACAAAAAAUUGGUUAAUGAUUUGUCAAAAAAAAUAUCCAGCUGAAAUUUUACUACAUAAAGCUGUACAUGACAUACAAGGUAUUAUUAAUGUUUUUGAUUAUUUUGAGAAUGCUCAACAUUGGAUAUUAGUUAUGGAACGUCUGCGUAAUUGUCAAGAUUUAUUUGAUUUUCUAGAAGCCAAAGAUCGUGGACGUCUUAGUGAAGCAACAGCACGAAAAUUCUUUCAACAAUUAGUUCACAUUAAUUUAGCCAUGUUACGAAAAGGUGUGGUACAUCGUGAUCUUAAAAGUGAAAAUAUUUUAGUUGAUCUUGAGACAGAAUCCCUUGUAUUAAUUGAUUUUGGUGCCAGUGCCAUUUAUAAAUCUUCAACAUCAUAUUAUUCAGAUUUUCAUGGAACAAAACAGUAUAAAUCACCAGAAUAUAUUUUGAAAAAACGUUAUUCAGGUAUGCCAUCAACUGUAUGGACACUUGGUGUAUUACUUUAUGAUAUGGUAUGUGGUAGUUUACCAUUUGAAAGUGAAGAAGAAAUAACUGGGUAUAAAUUAGUUCUUAAACCACAUCUAUCAUCAGAAUUAAAAAAUUUAAUACAACGUUGUCUAGCACAAAAUCCUGAUCGACGACCGUCUCUUGAAUCAUUACUUGAACAUGUUUGGGUCAAAGGUUAA